AUGGCCACUGGUAGCAAGCUCGAUGCUGUCCAGAUUGAGGAUACCUCCCAGAAAGAACACACCGUGGACGAGUCGCGGCUUGACCGAAACAUUCAUUUGAACGAUGCGAUACGAGCUGAAACCGACAGAGACGAGAAACGAGUUCGAAAGAUCAUUCGGAGAGUCGACUUUCGCAUGGUUCCAAUCCUGGGCUUGCUGUACAUGUGGGCAUUGAUAGAUCGGGUGAACUUGCCGAACAUUCAGAUCGCAGGUAUGGGCAAAGAGCUCGAGACUACGAAAGGCAAUCGCUACACGCUAGUGACCAUGAUUUUCUUCGUAACCUACAUUCUCUUCGACUAUCCAUCCAACAUCGCUCUCAGGAAACUUGGCGCCGCACGAUGGCUUGGCUUCAUUGGAACGGCGUGGGGCUGUUUAACCAUCGCCAUGGGCUUUGUGCAAUCUUGGAAGACGUUACUCGUCUGCCGUGUAAUCUUUGGCGCUCUCGAGGCCGGAAUGGCACCUGGCUGCAUUUACCUACUCGGGGCCUGGUACACGCGCUACGAGGUUCAGAAACGCUUUGCAGCGUGGGCUUGCAUUGGUGUCUUCGGGUCGGGCAUAUCGUCUGCGCUCGUGUACGGCAUUACCACUAUUGGGCGCGUUGGCGGUUUGGCGGCCUGGCGUUGGAUCUUUAUCAUCGAGGGUAUCAUCAGUGCUGCGAUUGGGAUUCUGGCAGGCUUCAUUUUGAUUGAUUUUCCCGACCGCGCGACGCGGCCUGGAAUAUUCUCCAAGAAGGGUUUCCUCACGCCCGAGGAGGCAGCCAUCGUCCUCGCGCGGGUGGAGCGUGAUCGCGCAGACGCGGUUCCAGAGCCCCUCAAUCGCCGUAACGUCUCACGCGCGCUCCAGGACUGGAAAAUGUGGCAAUUCCCAUUUCUGCUCUUUUGCAACAAUCUAACCGUCUACUCCUUUUCCUAUUUCCUGCCCAUCAUAUUGCACGAUUCUAUGGGGUACUCCACGAAGAUGACGUACUUCCUAACCAUACCGCCUUAUGUUUGCGCAGCAAUCUGGAUGUUCGCAAUCGGGUGUUUGAACGAUCGUCUCAAGGUCCGCGGCCCGACUAUCAUCGCACAAUCGCUCAUCAUCACUCUGGGCAUCUGCAUCAUGGCGUUCGCGAGUAACGCUGGCGCACGUUACUUUGGCGUGUUUCUCGCUGUGGGUGGCACUAACUCUAACAUCCCGACUAUAUAUGGAUAUCAGCAUAACAAUUUGACUGGCCAGACGAAGCGUGCACUUGCAACCGCCAUGUUGCUCAUGGGUGGAGGAUGCGGUGGCAUUGCCGCGUCAUUUGCCUUCCAAUCGAAAGAUGCACCGGACUACAUACCGGGAAUGAUCACUGCUAUCACAUCGCAGGUUGUCACUGUUGUCCUAGUCUCCUUGAAUUGGCUCUACUUUCUGCAUCGGAACAACAAGGCAGAGAAGGGUGAGGUCGUUCUGGAACAGACCCCUGGGUUCAGGUAUACCUACUGA